UUUCCCUCAGCCCCCUUUCCCUCAGCCCCCCUUCCCUCAGCCCCUCCGCGGGGAGCUGAGGGAAACAGCGGCCGAGUCGGUGAGGAAGUAAGGCAGUAGCAUCCCCCCGCCAGCAGGAAGCAGCUGGGCCGCCACCAGGCCUGAGCAGGUCAGCUCCAGGAGCCUCCUGAACGGUCUUCGGUUCUGCCGGGGUGAUCUGGUCCUCCCUGCCUGUGUGCUGGGCUGCUUGCAGCUUCCAGGAUGAGAGUGAGAUGCUGACCUGCUGCCCAUGGCUUUCAGGGAUGUGAAUGCAAGAAGACAUAUUGGACUUCAGCAACUCUCAUCCUUAGCAUUAGCUGGAAGAACAUUACUGGGGCCAGUGAAAUCAUGUAAAUUCAUUGUGGAUGAAAGCACCAACCAAAGCACAUUGAUUUGUUCUGCUGUUAGAUUGAUUGAAAGUUUGGAUUUAACUAGUGCUGCUGGACAGCUUCUCAAUGAAACCAUUCAGGCACAAAACAAGGAGUUUAGGACUGGCAUGACUACCCUGUUGUUUCUUGUUGGUGCAUGGAGCAAUGCUGUACUGGAGUGCCUCCAGCAGAAUGUUCCUGUUUCAGCAGUAGUCACUGUGAUGUCUGAGGGCUUGAACUCAUGCUGUGAGAGAGUCCAGUGUCUUCAAAUAUCAAUACAUGAUGUAAGUAAAGAGCAGUGUUCUGGCAGUGUUAGCCCAAAUGCUUUUAAAACUUGCCAAAUUGGACAUGACAGUCUUCUGAAUCCUCAGAUUUUCUUCUGUUUUCCCAAAGAUUUUUCUGCACCAGAAGAAGCAAUUCCAAUAAAUUCUUGUUCCUCUCAAGAUGAUGGCUGCAAUUUUAACAAGUGCCUGGUUUCCCCCUUGGCCAAUGAAAUAGCAUCUCUUUUCAAACCGUCGGGUGACAAAAGUACAUCUGUGGCUUCUGGGAGUAGUGUUAGCACAUCCAGCUGUAACAGACAAAAGUUAUCCCAUAGCAGAUACUUCAGCAUUCCAGGAAAAAGCCAAAUUUCAAGUCAGCAAGGUAAUUUUCAGGGAUCUUUUUCAGGACAAUCAUCAGAUGCAUGUGAAUGUUCUGGUUUAGGACAGCUGGCAGUGUCCCUGAGCCAUGGAAAUCAGACUGGCAUGAAGCUGCUGCAAAGCAUUGUUGUGCGUCAGCAAGAGAGAGCAGAAUGCAGUGGCUCUUCCCAGUUUAAUAUUGCAGAAAUUGUGACAUGCUGCUUACUGGGCCUGCCUGAAAGCUAUUCUUGUGUUGCUCCAGGCUUUGUCACAUUAGUGUCACCAGAACAAGCCACAGUUAUCAAAGACUUUGAAGGAAAGCCCCUUCAGAUUCUGCUCAUGGAUGGUGACCUGACAGAACAAUAUCGUCACUUGGGUUUUAACAGACCAUGUAAUGUAAGAACCAUAUUGGAGCAUCCCAGCCUGCAGGAAGGCAAAACAGGAGACUUGUGGCUGAGCAGUAUGUUAGACAUUCUGAUAAACUUUGAAGUCAACUUGGUUUUGGUCAAAGGAAAUGUGUGUAAAAACUUAAUGGCAAGGUGCAUAUCUAACAGUAUAUUAGUAAUUGGUUCUGUGACUCAGGAUGUGCUGUGUGCCUUUGGGCAGGCUAGCAGUGCCCGGCCAGUGACAUACCUCACCCAGCCGAAUGCUUCUUGUGUGGGGAGCAGGGCCCAGGUGGAGCUGUGGAAGGCCUGUGAUGGGCGUGCAAUGGAUCUGGGGGAGCUUGUGCCAGUCAGGAUAAAUGUGCAAGGAAUUCACCUGUUCACAGCUGUGCUUACUACUACUGUAGCUUCAAAGCUGCAGCUCAUUGAAGACCAGUUCUGGACUUCAGUGUAUCGACUCCAUCAUGCUUUAAAUGAUGAGAGGGUUUUUCUUGGGGGUGGUGCAGUGGAGCUCUUGUGCCUUAGUCACAUUCAGACGCUUGCAGAACAGCCCUUACAGGCAGCAAAUAAAAAUGCUGUGAAAGAGCUUCGGAGACCUGGGCUGGCAGCAUCUGUGGCAGAGUAUAGACCUGUUGUGCUCCAAGCACUAGCAAGCGGCUGGAAGCAAUAUCUCUCUGUGCUUAUGUGUAACACUGCAAAAGCUGCAUCCGAGCUGGAAGCCUGUACCUCAGUUGAGCAUCACCUAAGAAAAGCAGCUGACUGUGGCUCUCCCUCAGCAUAUAUAUUCCAAGAGUUCAGAAGAGGCAAUCUGCUCAGGGAUGGUUCUGAUCUGCUUGCCAACCAUGGAGAGGUUUUAAAGAUUUACGAUAAUGUUACAGCCAAGACAGAGGCAUGGCGGAGAGCUCUGGACUUGGUGCUGUUGGUGCUUCAAACAGAUGCUGAAAUUAUCACAGGUCCCAAAAAGAAGCAGCUAUUGAAUUCCAAAGCUUCAAGUGAAUUCAUGUUUUUAUAG